AUGGCACAUACUACACCUCCUCCCCAGUUUAAUCCAAUUAGAUUAAAAACUGCCUUAAAAAUGGCCAUUAGUAAAUUAAAAUUCAUUCAAGAAAAGAAACAAGCAUUAACAAAACAACAACGACGUCAAUUAGCUGAUUUAUUACAACAAGGUAAAGAACUGAGUGCAUUAAUUAGAGUAGAGAAUAUAAUUAGAGAUGAUAUUUAUAUUGAAUUAUUAGAAUUUUUAGAAUUAUAUUGUGAAUUAUUAUUAGCUAGAAUAUCAAUCUUAUUAAAUCCUCUUAAUAUUAAAUGUGAUGAAAAUUUAAGAGAAGCAGUUGAAUCAAUAAUUUAUAGUGCAAAUCAUACUGAAUUAAAAGAAUUAACAACUAUAAAAGAUCUUUUUAUUUAUAAAUUUGGUCAAGAAUUUGCUAAAAAUGCUUUAGAGAAUAAAGAUGGCAAAAUCCCAGAAAGAAUUAUUAAACGGUGUUCAAUUGAUCCUCCCCUGGAAACUUUAGUUCAACUUUAUUUAUGUGAAAUUGCAAGAACUUAUGAUGCACCAUUUUCAGGAUUAAAAGAUUAUUCCAUUAGUGAAGAAGAAGAACAACCAGUAGAAGGUAAAGAUGAAGAUGAUGACGAAGAUGGAGGUAGUGGAGGUAUUAAAGAGCCAAGACCCUUGGAACCGCCAAUUGCAGCCGAGGAAACAAAGCCACAACAACCAAAGAAAUCUGAAGUUAAAAAACAGCAAGAUGAAUUUGACGCUUUAAAGGCAAGAUUUGCAGCAUUAAAAGGAGGUCCGUAG